AUGGCGUCUAACAGUUCUACGCUGUAUACCGAAGCCUGGCUACCAGGCCCCCGAGGACAUCAAUUUUACACCCGCACAUAUGCCGCGACGGGUGUGGCUCGCGCGGCGGUCAUAUUCGUCCAUGGCUUCCUGGACCACGUCGGACGACACGAGCAUGCCCACCGCUACGCACAAACGAAGGGCAUCACCAUCUUCACCUUUGACCAGCGCGGGUUCGGGCGCACAGCACUUGACGUGGAGCACAGGAGCAAGGAUGCUGCUUACGGCAAGGAGACGUUUGGCGACCAGAUGCGUGACAUCGAGUUCUGGGUCCAGCACGUCAAGAAGGAGCACCCGGACCUGCCGCUAUUUCUCACAGGGUACUCCAUGGGCGGUGGGCUCGUGCUCUCAUUCCCUACUCAGGCGAGGCCCCCACCAUCCGAGGAGUCGGCCGGCUUGCUCGCAGGAGUCAUAGGCAUAAGCCCGCUCAUCCUGCCACCAUCGCCUGCCCCCAAGCUCCUGCGUAAGAUUGGCGCAGCACUCGCCGCAAUUGUUCCUUGGCUUCCAUUCCCGGUGGAUAUCCCUCUAGAGCAUCUGUCCCAUGACCCCGCUGUCUACAACCCAAGCGAAGUGGAUAAUUUCUGGAGAAGUCACGGCACGGCCAGAGGCGUCGUCGACAUGCUGAACAUGGGCGAGCGCCUCCUGUACGACUCCUACAAGAACUGGCCACAGAAGCUGCCUGUCCUCAUCUUCCACGGCACACAAGACAAGGUUACGUCGCACAAAGCGUCCGAGGAGCUGUAUGGCAAACUUGAUGCAGAAGACAAGAAGCUGUCCCUGUACGAGGACGGAUACCACGAGCUCUCGAACGAGCCUGACGGCGUGAAGGAGAGGUUUUGGGACGAGUGUAUCGCGUGGAUUCACGGACACGUCCAGUAG